UUCCCCUCCGUGAUAGGCUCUCCACGCUUCAGCUUCAAUGAAUGACUCUUCUUCACAUGAGUCAAACCGGGAAGACCACAUCAUAAGGUACCUAUCUCAUUCAAAAUCAACUUUAGCCCAUUUCCUGCCAACGACACCAUCAACCUCUACCACACUCGGAUCUUGGUACCAACCAAAAUGGGCAAAUUCCACACCACUCUCCCUCCCUCUCUCCUCCCUUGGAUCCUCUCGCAACCCGUCUUCUUUGUCACCACCGCUCCCCUUUCUCCCCAGGGCCACAUCAACGUCUCGCCCAAAGGCACCUUCCCCAACAUCAACUCGUUUGGCUACAUUCCCACCCAUGAGUCCGAACCAAGCAAGCCAGCCCAAUUCUGGUAUCUCGACCUCUCCGGAUCCGGAUCGGAAACGAUUGCCCAUCUGUACGAACCGGAAAAUGGGCGGAUCACAGUCAUGUUCUGCGAGUUUGGGAAAGCGGCGCCGAGGAUUGUGAGAUUGUUUGGACGAGGACAGGUGUUGGAGAAUGGGACGAAGGAGUUCCAAGAGUGGACCAAGAAGGAAGGCGUCGAAGUGGUCCCGGGCGCCAGAAGUGUCGUGGUGGUGGAGGUGGAGCUGGUGGGCGAUAGCUGCGGGUUUGCGGUGCCGGUGAUGGAGUUUAGGGAGAGGCGGGAGGUGUUGAAUGAUCAUUGGCGGAAGAAGGUGGAAAGGUUCGAGAAGGGACUGAGUAAGGAGAGUUUGGAACGAUACUGGGCGUACAAGAACGCUUGGAGCUUGGAUGGAUUACCGGGCAUGGAGGUGGCGAGGAAGACAGGCGAGAAGGAGGGGAUUGCACCGAUUGAGAAGAUGGUUGGGCCGAUGGCGAGGAACUUGCCGUAUUCUCGAAGGAAUUGGUACAGCUCAUUGGGCAUUUGGGCGGUGAUAUUGCAGGUUGUCUUGACCGCCAUUGUGGUUCUGGCUGGCGAGAGACUGAUGGGAUUUAGAUGAGUAUUUCCAUGGUUUAGCGAACAGCGUUUCCAUCAUUCAGAUCAUGGACUGUAUUCCAGGGGUCACAUAUAGAAAGGUCUUUGUCCAUUAAGAUAUUCUUCUGGCUAUCAUGUAAAACGCUAUCAUGUCUUUUGCCCAGGAGGUUCCCCCCCAAAAAAACACAUUUACCAAGGCACAUUCUCCCCCCUAUAGUUAAAGAACUUGCCGUUGUCCUCGUCCUUCAACCCAUGCACAACCUUCAACUGCCCGGCCACACUCUCCUCCGGGCUCAGCAUCGCUCCGUCACCACCCAUGUCCGUCUUCACCCAGCCGGGACACAUGACGAUCACCACGGCACCCUUCAAGCCCGCCUUUCUGAGGUCGGUCGCCAGAUGGGCAUUCAACAUGUUCAACGCGGCCUUGCUGAUCGAGUACGCCGUGGCCCGUCCCAAGCCGCUCAGCGUCAUUUGCACGCUGCCCAGCGUAGAGCUCAUGUUCUGCACCCUGACGUUCUCGCUCAACAGGCCCUGCUGGAGGAGGAACUCGAGCAGCUUGGCAGGACCGAGGACGUUGGUCUUGAUGGUGUCGAGCAAGUCAUCGGGGGCCAGCUGCAACGACGAGUUCUGCUCGGAGAGGUUGACGCCGGCGUUGUUGAUGACGUAGUCGAUCUUGGUGUCUCCGAGAGUGGAGCGGGCGGUCUUGGCAAAGUCGCGGAUGGAGGACAGCGACGAGGUGUCGCAUUCGAGGAUGUGGGUCUUCUCGCUGGCGAGGGAUUUCAGGGAGGAGUGGUCCUUGGAGAGGUUGCGGACGAGAGCGAGAACGGUGUUGUCUGGGGACUGGGUGAGCUGGCGGACGAUUUCGAGGCCGAUGCCGCGGUUGGAGCCAGUGACGACGU